CUCUUUCAAGUUGGGAGAAUCCCAGUCCUCUGGAGAAGGCCCUCACCUGGCCAAGCCGCUCCCACGAAGGACAAGGAGGCGACAAUCCCAAGCCUGCCACGCUCGGCUCCCCAGCAACCUGGGAACGGAGGCCUGGGCCUCUGCCUGGACUCCGAGGCGCACUCUUUCUUGUAGCUCGCGGCAACUGGCUCCGGGCUCCACCUUUUCGUCGCCCCGCCCGCAGGCUGGGGGCACUGGUAGAGGAGGUUGCAGUCGCGGGCUCCCACGCGCGCACGCCGAGGCCGGAGCAGCCGUCGAACAUGACCAGCCUGGCGCCCCUCGUCGCAGCGCGUAGCCAACGAGGGAGAAACGACUGGUCUAUUAGUCUUAUAACAGCAUCUUUGGCUGGAGCCUUUGGAUCCUCCUUCCUCUAUGGUUAUAAUCUCUCUGUGGUGAAUGCACCAACAGUGUUUAUUAAGAAGUUUUACAAUGAAACCUGGAAAAGAAGAUAUAACCAGUCAAUUACCGAACAGUCACUUACAUUGCUAUGGACUUUAACUGUCUCCAUUUUUGCUAUUGGUGGACUUGUGGGUGCAUUAAUUGUUACUCCAGCUGUCAAGUAUUUUGGUCGAAAGCAAACUCUACUGCUAAAUAAUGUGUUUGCCAUUAUGGCUGCAUUGUUUAUGGCCAUCUCACAGCUGGCAGGAAUCUUGGAAAUGAUUAUUUUGGGCCGAUUCAUAAUGGGCAUUGAUGGAGGGGUAUCUCUGAGUGCACUCCCAAUGUAUUUGAGUGAAAUUUCUCCCAAGCAGAUCCGUGGGUCACUAGGACAAAUAACGGCAAUAUUCAUCUGUGUUGGUGUUUUCAGUGGACAGAUUUUGGGGCUACCUGAGAUAUUUGGAAAGGAAUUCAUGUGGCCUUAUCUGUUUGCAAUGAUUAUUGUUCCAUCAACUCUCCAAAUUGGAGUCCUGCCUUUUCUUCCAGAAAGUCCUCGCUUCCUCUUACUUGAAAAAAAUGACACAAAAGCGGCAGAAAAAGCAUUUCAGAAAUUCCUUGGAAAACCUGAUGUGUCACAUGAAAUAGAAGAAGUUCUGGAAGAGAGUCGAGUGCAGAAAAAUAUUCAAGUAGCAUCUGUAUUUCAACUUUUGUGUGACAACACUAAGCGGUGGCAGAUUCUCACUGUAAUUUUAACUAUGGCCUGCUAUCAACUUUGUGGCCUUAAUGCUAUUUGGUUCUACACAAAUGACAUUUUCAGGGGAGCUGGCCUAAGUCCUGAAAUGAUUCCAUAUGUUACCUUAAGUACAGGAGCUGUGGAGAUCUUGGCUGCUCUUUUCUCUGGUUUAGUGAUUGAAAGAGUUGGACGCAGACCUCUUUUGAUUGGGGGAUUUGGUCUGAUGUUUUUCUUCUUCGUCAUACUUACUGUGUGUAUGAGUCUACAGGAUCAAGCAGUCUGGCUUCGAUAUCUCAGUAUAAUCUGCAUUCUUACAAUCAUUGCCUCAUUUUGCAUCGGACCAGGUGGAAUUCCAUUUAUCCUCACCGCAGAGUUCUUUCCACAGUCUCAAAGACCAGCAGCAUAUUUGAUUGCUGGAAUAACCAACUGGCUCUGCAAUUUCAUAGUUGGACUCCUUUUCCCUUUCAUUCAGGAAAGAUUACAAACAUACUGUUUCCUGGUUUUUGCUGCCAUCUGUCUUGCUGGAGCCACUUUCCUUUUUUGUGUUUUACCCGAAACAAAAACGAAAACACUUGCUGAAAUUAACCAGGCAUUUGUGAAGAAGAAAAUGCCUCUGGAAAUCCAGGAAAUGGGUUAUUUUGACCCUAAGGGAAAAUCAAGUGAAGUAGAAGAAUCCAAUUUUUGUCAUUUACUGGAAAAUGAAAAAAACAAAAAUGAAAUAGCCUAAAUUCUACUUUUACAUGUUUUUUUUUUUUUAUUUUAACAAAGCUACCGUAUAUUCCGGCGUAUAAGACGACUGGGCGUAUAAGAAGACCCCCAACUUUUGAGAAGAUUUUCAUGGUUUAGAAAGUCAUCUUAUAUGCCGGAAAAUACGGUAAUUUAAAAGGUAUAUACUGACCACCAGCCAUGCAAUUUUAUUAUAGCUAUUAUUUUUUGGGAAUUUUGAAAUAUACUUUUUCACCAUAGUUUCAAUUUCUAAUGCAAUUAAUGCUUUUUAGGAAAAAGGAAACAAGGUAACCACAAAAUCCCAGUUAAAAAAAAUAAUAUUUUCUAAAAAUGGGUGACUCUUUGACACAGGUUUUAUAUAGUUUUUUUAAUAUCAUCUUGUAUUGCCCCUUUUAUUUGCAUUUAAUCUUAAAAGUGACAGGGAAAAAAAACUGCAUGCUGAAUUGGAACAAUAUUUAAUGGUUCUACCACAGCAGUGCCUAUUGCUAAAGAAAAAACUUGCCUCCAGAAGUUGUGGGUACUCCAUAACUUCUGUCCCUGUCCUGCCGCAGGGAGGACAGGGACAGCCCUCCCUCCCCGCCUGCAGCUCCUUCGUGGGAUUCCCCAUCAGGCAGAAGAGCAGCGGCGGCCUGGAUGCCUGGAUUCCCUGGCAGGGGGUGGAAGUGUUUCCAGGGCAAUAGAAGCCUUGUUUUAUUGGCAUAUUGGCAUGGGACACUUAAAGGGGGGGCUGCCACCCCUGCCCCAAUGACAUAGUUAAUAACAAUCCGAUCAGGCUUCGCUGCAUGGCUGCACCCCCUCCCCCCACGUACUUCGUUCUGGUGCCUUUGGGGAGAGAGAGAAGGGAGAGAAAGUGUGUGUAUG